AUGGAGGGGAUAAUGCUUCUUUCCCUGGGCCCUGCCUACAAGGACACCUGUCUUAUCACUACUACUCCUUACAUCACACUGCUCACCAGUAUCACUACCACUCCUUACCUCACACUGCUCACCAGUAUCACUACUACUCCUUACAUCACACUGCUCACCAGUAUCACUACCACUCCUUACCUCACACUGCUCACCAGUAUCACUACUACUCCUUACAUCACACUGCUCACCAGUAUCACUACUACUCCUUACCUCACACUGCUCACCAGUAUCACUACUACUCCUUACAUCACACUGCUCACCAGUAUCACUACUACUCCUUACCUCACACUGCUCACCAGUAUCACUACUACUCCUUACAUCACACUGCUCACCAGUAUCACUACCACUCCUUACAUCACACUGCUCACCAGUAUCACUACCACUCCUUACAUCACACUGCUCACCAGUAUCACUACCACUCCUUACAUCACACUGCUCACCAGUAUCACUACCACUCCUUACAUAACACUGCUCACCAGUAUCACUACUACUCCGUACAUCACACUGCUCACCAGUAUCACUACUACUCCUUACCUCACACUGCUCACCAGUAUCACUACUACUCCUUACAUCACACUGCUCACCAGUAUCACUACUACUCCUUACCUCACACUGCUCACCAGUAUCACUACUACUCCUUACAUCACACUGCUCACCAGUAUCACUACUACUCCUUACAUCACACUGCUCACCAGUAUCACUACUACUCCUUACCUCACACUGCUCACCAGUAUCACUACUACUCCUUACAUCACACUGCUCACCAGUAUCACUACUACUCCUUACCUCACACUGCUCACCAGUAUCACUACUACUCCUUACAUCACACUGCUCACCAGUAUCACUACUACUCCUUACAUCACACUGCUCACCAGUAUCACUACCACUCCUUACAUCACACUGCUCACCAGUAUCACUACCACUCCUUACAUCACACUGCUCACCAGUAUCACUACCACUCCUUACAUCACACUGCUCACCAGUAUCACUACCACUCCUUACAUCACACUGCCCACCAGUAUCACUACCACUCCUUACAUCACACUGCUCACCAGUAUCACUACCACUCCUUACAUCACACUGCUCACCAGUAUCACUACUACUCCUUACAUCACACUGCUCACCAGUAUAACUACCACUCCUUACAUCACACUGCUCACCAGUAUCACUACCACUCCUUACAUCACACUGCUCACCAGUAUCACAACCACUCCUUACAUCACACUGCUCACCAGUAUCACUACUACUCCUUACAUCACACUGCUCACCAGUAUCACUACCACUCCUUACAUCACACUGCUCACCAGUAUCACUACCACUCCUUACAUCACACUGCUCACCAGUAUCACUACCACUCCUUACAUAACACUGCUCACCAGUAUCACUACUACUCCUUACAUCACACUGCUCACCAGUAUCACUACUACUCCUUACAUCACACUGCUCACCAGUAUCACUACCACUCCUUACAUAACACUGCUCACCAGUAUCACUACUACUCCUUACAUCACACUGCUCACCAGUAUCACUACCACUCCUUACAUCACACUGCUCACCAGUAUCACUACCACUCCUUACAUCACACUGCUCACCAAUUUUUCCUGUGCUCUGCUCACCAGUAUCACUACAACUCCUCACAUCACACUGCUCACCAGUAUCACUACUACUCCUUACAUCACACUGCUCACCAGUAUCACUACUACUCCUUACAUCACACUGCUCACCAGUAUCACUACCACUCCUUACAUCACACUGCUCACCAGUAUCACUACUACUUACACCACACUGCUCACCAGUAUCACUACCAUUCCUUACAUCACACUGCUCACCAGUAUCACUACCAUUCCUUACAUCACACUGCUCACCAGUAUAACUACCACUCCUUACAUCACACUGCUCACCAGUAUCACUACCACUCCUUACAUCACACUGCUCACCAGUAUCACUACCACUCCUUACAUCACACUGCUCACCAGUAUCACUACUACUCCUUACAUCACACUGCUCACCAGUAUCACUACCACUCCUUACAUCACACUGCUCACCAGUAUCACUACCACUCCUUACAUCACACUGCUCACCAGUAUCACUACUACUCCUUACAUCACACUGCUCACCAGUAUCACUACUACUCCUUACAUCACACUGCUCACCAGUAUCACUACCUCUCCUUACAUCACACUGCUCACCAGUAUCACUACCACUCCUUACAUCACACUGCUCACCAGUAUCACUACCACUCCUUACAUCACACUGCUCACCAGUAUCACUACCACUCCUUACAUCACACUGCUCACCAGUAUCACUACCACUCCUUACAUCACACUGCUCACCAGUAUCACUACCACUCCUUACAUCACACUGCUCACCAGUAUCACUACCACUCCUUACAUCACACUGCUCACCAGUAUCACUACCACUCCUUACAUCACACUGCUCACCAGUAUCACUACCACUCCUUACAUCACACUGCCCACCAGUAUCACUACCACUCCUUACAUCACACUGCUCACCAGUAUCACUACCACUCCUUACAUAACACUGCUCACCAGUAUCACUACUACUCCUUACAUCACACUGCUCACCAGUAUCACUACUACUCCUUACCUCACACUGCUCACCAGUAUCACUACUACUCCUUACAUCACACUGCUCACCAGUAUCACUACCACUCCUUACAUCACACUGCUCACCAGUAUCACUACCACUCCUUACAUAACACUGCUCACCAGUAUCACUACUACUCCUUACAUCACACUGCUCACCAGUAUCACUACUACUCCUUACCUCACACUGCUCACCAGUAUCACUACUACUCCUUACAUCACACUGCUCACCAGUAUCACUACCACUCCUUACAUCACACUGCUCACCAGUAUCACUACUACUCCUUAA